AUGCCUCUGAGCACUUCAGUAAGAUUGUGGUGCGCUUUUGAGAUGCAGAAAAGACAGUAUUGUCUCUUAUGUAGUGAGGGAUUAAAAGCACAAAUGGCUCUUGUUUUCCGCAUGCUCCUAGCGCUUCUUCAAUCCAAAGGCUGCGACAUAGCCAGCAGAGGAUACAUGCUUAUCGAAGUAUUAAUAUACCCCUGGCAAAAAGUGCAUGUAUAUGAUAAAAGUAUUGUUCAGGAACGUAGGAUGGUCAGCGGGAUAUGGCAAUGCUUAGAUGCUUAUACAGCUUCAUAUGAAUUGCAAAUGAAGCGGAUUUAUUAA